GGGUCCCUGAUUUGAUACAAGAUGCCCUGAUUAACCUCUUGAUCUCCAUCAUCCUAGGCAGUGCAUCUGAAGGACAAGAUCCCCCGCAAGGUUGCUUCCCAUCAACUUCGAGAAAGGUUGAAAGACGCCGUCCGAUCAGCCAUUUGCCUGACAACAGGAAAGAAUCAAAGCAGAAACGGCUUGAUGCUGCUGAAAGAUACAUUCAACACAUCCACAGCUCGAUGUUUAGAAAAUAUGGAAUUAGCCACUCUGCGGAAGCAGCAGAAACGAAAGAUCAGCCCUUGGCUUUCAGCCAAAAGUUUGUCAACCUUGUCAUCCAUCAAAGCAAAGCAUCCAAGUUGAAGGCGGGAGCAGAGAAAAUCAAAGAGGAACCAAUGUCCCCACGUGAAUCCAUGAUGAACUUGUCCGAGCUUUUCAAAAGUGUCCACAUGUACAUCAACCAGGUUGUUCUACUUUGGGGCAAGGCUGGAAUGGGAAAAACAUGGUUAGUUCAUAAAAUCUGUCAGCAAUGGGCUGAGGGAGUCUUCCCCCAGUUCAAAUUGAUCUUCUUCUUUGAGCUUAAGCAGCUGAACCUCAUCAAGAGAAAACUAACUCUCCAAGAACUCUUGUUUGAUUAUUUCCUCCAACCAGAUCAACCUGAAGCAGUGUUUCAAUUUCUCCAGGAGAAUGCCCGACAGACCUUGGUCAUUUUGGAUGGUCUGGAUGAGCUCAUGGAGAACAUUGGCCUCCCAUCCAAUUCCUUCACCAGCUUCUCAGAUGUUGUCAUACCUCUUUCUGUCUCUGACCUAGUGGCUCAUCUUUGCCAUGGAAAAUUCUUGCCAGGUUGCACAGUGUUGAUUACAAGCCAGCUAAAGCAACUCCCUGCAGGAUUAGUCAGAAGUAGCAUCCUGCUAGCAGAAGUUUGGGGUUUCAACUGUGACAAAGUUGAGGAAUAUGUUAGCUAUUUUUUCCAACAGCCUUUGCAGAAACAGCAAGCUCUUGCUCUUCUGAACGAAAAUGGCAAACUCUUGAGCAUGUGUUACCUCCCUGUGUUGUGUCACAUUGUCUGCAUCUGUCUGGAGCAUUUGCUCCUUGAAGACUCGGAGAGUAUCCACCUCCCUCAAACCAGGACCCAGGUUUACCUCACAAUGCUCCAGACCUUCAUCUGCAAACAUCAGGGUAGGAGGACCUUGAAUGAAAUAGACAUGGCUCAACAUCAAGCAAUCCUUGCAGAUCUAUGUGAGAUAGCCUUCAAGGGCCUUGAAGAGAGGAAAGGGGUUUUUGAUGCUGGAGAGGUCCCAACACACGUGAAAGAUUUUUCUUGUCGCUUUGGUCUUCUUUUGCCCUAUGAAGUGAAAAUGGGCAAGCAAGACCUCAUGCAAUCAGGUUACACUUUUGCUCAUUUUAGCUGGCAAGAAUUCUUUGCAGUCCUCUUCCUGUUGACAAGCCCAACAGUAGAUUGCGAGAUGUUGAAAGAGAACUUCUUCCUGAUGAAAAAAUGGAUUCUGAAGAAAGAGACAAGGAUGCCCUUUACAGAGAACUACCAUGUCUUCUUGUCUGGUCUUUCAUCUCAAGAAUGUAGACAAUUCCUUUGUUCCUUAGCUGGGCAAAACGUGGUCUGGAUUCAGGAACGGCAAAGUAUUAUCAUGAAGAUAUUGCAGAAACUCGCGGCUGCUAAUUUAACAGGGCCCAAGAUAGUAGAGUUGUGCCACUGUGUGUACGAGACCCAAGACAUUAGCUUAGCACGGCAUGUUGCAGAAAAGUUAUGUUUCAAAUAUCAAUUCAGAAACUUCAGGUUGAUGCCCUUCGACAUGGUGACUUUAGCCUUUCUGAUCAAUGGAAGUCCUCAGGGUGUGUGCUUGGAUUUUGAUGGCUGCCUCAUGGAAUUGGACUACUUGGACAUCUGGGGCAGUUGUGACAAUAUCAAGAGCUUGAGGUGAGAGAC